UUAAACAGCUGAGUAAAAACUUCCGGUUAUUUUAAAAUGUAUGAUCACUUCGUCAUUCAAUAAUUCGUCAUGUUUUAAAAACGAAACUAGAAUGGGAGAAACAUAUGAUUAUUUGUUCAAAAUAAUUUUAGUUGGGGAUCAAGCCGUUGGGAAAACCAGCCUUGUAAGACGGUUCACUACAGGAAGAUUUCAGCAAGAGUACAAGUCUACGAUUGGUGUAGAUUUCACUGUCCAAACGUUGCAACUUGAUGGUAAAAUUGUAAAGCUGCAAAUUUGGGACACGACAGGACAAGAAAGAUUCAGAAGUCUUACAACAGGAUAUUAUCGUAAUGCACAUGCUGCAUUGGUUGUGUAUGACGUCACCAACACAGAAUCUCUAAAUAACUGCGUCAGAUGGAUGAAUGACGUCAGCAUGUACAGUGGUCAAGACAUUCCAAAAUUAUUAUUAGGCAAUAAAUGUGAUAAACUAAGUGGUCGAAUAGUAAGUUCAUCAGAUGGCGAACACUUUGCAAAAAAACAUAAUAUGAUGUCCUUUUCAGAAACAAGCGCCAAAGAUGGCCGAAAUGUAGAUGAUGCUUUUUAUAAAUUGGCUCAGGAACUAUUCAGAACAUAUUCUGAACCUAUGGAUUAUAAAUCUGACUCAAUUAAGCUAGAUUACUUGCCAGACAGUACUGCAUCUUGGUGGGGAUGUUGUGGAUAUUAAUUACCGAAACAUUUACAAAGUGAUUGAAAAUAAGAGGAUAUAUUUAUGUUUGACUUUUUCUUUAACCACUUUUCUUAUGAGGCAUUGUUAUAUUUUAAAAGUGUGUAGCGCAAGUUAUAAAAAUUACAAUUAUCUUUUACUUAUUUCAAUAAUUAUUCAGUUUGUUGUCAAACUCAAAAAGUCAAAGAACAUUAUUUUUGAAAAUGUAAGACAUGCUGGUAAAAUGUAAAGAUAAAUACAAAAGGAUAUGUUUGGUAACACAAUAGGAAAGGGUCGGGGAGGGGGGUGCUGGGGUUAAUUUACGUAAUUACAACUUUAUCUACAUAAGACGUGCCAGUACCAAGUCAGGAAUAUGAAAGUUGUUUUCGAUUCGUAUGAUAUGUUAAAGCUUUUAAUUUAACCAUUUGAUAAGGGACUUUCCGAUGUGAAUGUUUCUUGGUGUCUAGACUUUAUACCACACAAUACUGCAUAUUGGUGGAGAUGUUGUUGAUAUUAACAUUCACUAUGUUAAAAAAAGGGAUCGAACGGUUGUUAUUAGUGGAUAUUUAUAUUAUGUUUACUUUUAUUUCAUUAUCCUUUUCGAUGUAUUUUCAAAUGUGUCGGAAUUAUCUUAUCCCAGAAACAGUAUUAUUUACAUAAUGUGCUAGUGACCUAAUACGGUAUAUAUGGGGUCAGCUCGAAUCCCUAUAUAGAAUUUUUUGACCCCAUAUAUACCGUAUUACGUCACUAGCACACUAUGUAACGAUUUUAUAUUACCGACUAUCUUAAUGUGUGAAAUUUAGACUAGUGACAUAUCAAAAUGAGCAAGUCUUCAAUACGGUUAGCAUUAUGAAACUAUUUCCAUUGAUCCUACACAAUCAAUCGUCAAAGAUAACAGCUUGUUAGGUUUAAGGUGGUAUGGAAGUCUAAAAUAAAAAUGAUAGAAUUUGUUCAUACUUUGCCAAAACGUAGUAUCUAUUGAUAUAUGUUAAAAAACAUGAUAAAAAUGAUAGGUCACCGCGAAUUUUCUUAAGCUACAGGAUGUGACAAAAUGACACAUUUUGUAUGGUUAUACAGGAAGAAACACAAAAUUUGGGAUUAGAAACUAAACAAAAUGAUAGAAUUGUUAAAUACUUAAGGCAAAGAUAUCUUUCAGACAAUGCUUUGAGAAUAUGAAAAGAAAAGAUAGGGUCAUCGUACUUUUUUUUCGGCUAAAAUUCAAAAUAGGAAAACUCCAUGUAGAUUCCUUCAGAAAAUGCACUGUUUUAGAGUUACCUCCCCUUAAAAUAACAAUUAAAAAAAACAAAAAAAAAACAUCCAAAAUUAAUCAAUAUUUGCAAAAAUAUUAAUAUUUAUAAGUUAUAUUCUUAUAUAUCGGUUCUUUUAAACGAAAAUUCACAUUAAAUAUCUGCAUUCCUGCAUCAAAUUUUGCUGACUUGAUAGAAAAUCUGGACCUUUGGUUCUCUGUUUUUUACAAUCCAAAAUGGAGGAAGACACCCAUACCACCUUAAAUGUGUUUAAUGAUUUUUUUUCAAUCUUAAUCAUCAAUUUCUCUCUGUUGAAACCUCUAAGACUUUUUCUCAGUACCGUUUUGUUUUUUAUAAAGGGACGUAACCCCACUUCUAACCGUGUAUGAAAUAAGCCCCGCCUCUCUACUAACCUAAUAUCAAAUAUACACUGUAUUAACGCGCGGACGCUUUUAACCAAUCACAUUCCUAGAAAUGUAUAGGUGGUAAGAUAAUUUACCUAGGCCGUAUUUGACUCAACUUUUCGGAAUUUUGGGUCCUCAAUGCCCUUCAACUAUGUACUUGUUUGGCUUACUAUUCUGAUUUGAGCGUCACUGAUGAGUCUUAUGUAGACUAAACGCGCGUCUAGCGUACGUAAUUAUAAUCCUGGUACCUUUGAUAACUAUUAUGAUAAUCAUAAAAAUCGUAACUUAUUUGUAAUUUUUAUUCAGUUUAUUUUAUUUUAUUUCUGCUACCGACAAUACAAAAAUGUUAUGUAAAAGGCCAAUGGAAAUCAUAAAGGUAAAAUUUAUGUACAUUUUAACACCAAAUAUUUCUGAAAUUUAAAUUUACAGUAUAUAUUCAUAUUGGAUUUUAAAAUGGCACGAACUGUAAAGUAAGUUUUUGACUUAAUUCAUCUGAACCUAUUGAAAAUAUACUUAUCAUAUUUAUACUUCAAAUGCUACUGGAAUGUAUAUGCAACCUUCUGAAUUAAAAAAAAAAAAAUAUAUUAUUACUUUUUGGAGUACUUUGGAGCUGACAUUUGAAAACGAAUACAGUUUAUUACACAA